AGUGACUUUCUCUUACAGAAUUAAACAGAAUUAAAGUGGAGUUAAACUUGUAGAUCGACUCGAUAAAUAAGAGAUUUAUUGUGUGUUUAUUGUUGUAGUGGAUCAGACAGAGAAAGAUGUCUCAUUUUAGUGCAGUGAUGAAGACUCUGGUUUUCUUCACCUGUUCUCUUCAUCUUUCAUCAGCAGUCACACACUCUUUGCAGUAUUUCUACACUGCAGUUACACCUGGAAUAAAUUUCCCAGAAUUCACUGCUCUUGGUCAGGUGGAUAGAGUACAGAUUGAUUAUUAUGACAGUGACAUCAAGAAGACGAUCCCAAAGACGGAGUGGAUACAGAAGGUGACUGCUGAUGAUCCUGAUUACUGGAACAGAGAGACACAGAAUGCACAGGGUCCUCAAGAGAUCUUCAAAGUCAAUAUGGCUACAGCAAUGCAGCGCUUUAAUCAGACUGGAGGAGUUCACACAGUGCAGGUGAUGUACGGCUGUGAGCUGGAUGAUGAUGGGACUGUUAGAGGAUAUGAUCAGGAAGGUUAUGAUGGAGAAGAUUUCAUCAGUUUUGAUCUGAAAACUAAAACCUGGAUCGCUCCAACACCUCAAGCUCUGAUCACCAAGAACAAGUGGGAUUCUAAUACUGGUCGUAAUAACAACCUGAAGAACUACCUGGAGAACAUCUGUAUUGAGUGGGUAAAGAAGUACGUGUCUUACGGCAGAGACAUUCUGGAGAGGAAAGAUCCUCCUACAGCAUCAGUGAUCCAGAAACACUCGCCUUCUCCAGAGGUGGUGUGUCACGCUACAGGUUUCUUCCCCAAAGAGGUGAUGAUCUCCUGGAGGAAGGACGGAGAGGACGUGAACGAGGACGUGGAGCUCAGAGAGACGUUACCCAACCAGGAUGGAAGCUUCCAGAAGAGAAGCAUUCUGAAAGUCCCAGCUGAGGAUCUGCAGAAACACACCUACACCUGCGUGAUUCAGCACAGCAGCUUGAAGGAGGAGUUAGUGCUAGAAGUACCAAAAGGUGGAGGACUGAUGCCUAUCAUCGUUGGUGUUCUCGUGGCUCUCGUUGUUCUCGUUGCCGUUGUUGCUGGAAUUAUGGUCUGGAAGAAGAAGAACUCUGGUGAGAGGAGGAAGGAGACAGAUGUGAAGUUUUCAGAGAACAGAUUUACACUUUCUAAUUCUUGA